AUGCUACGCACCGUUGCAAAAUGCGUCUUCCGCCCAUCGGUUGAGGCUAACAAAUUUGCAUCGAGUCGUUCACCCAUUAAAAUCUUCACUGCAGGACUGACCCUCACGAGCAAGCCCAAGCUUCGAGACUAUCAACAAGAAUGCAUCAAAUCGGUUCUCUCAUCCCUGAGACAAGGACACAAACGCGUAGGAAUAUCACUGGCCACGGGAAGCGGCAAAACUGUCAUCUUCACACAACUGAUCGACAAAGUGCAUUCGCGUUCAAAUGGCGGCAACCGCACUCUUAUUCUAGCGCAUCGCCGUGAACUUGUAGAGCAAGCUGCGCGGCAUUGCCAACUAGCAUACCCAGAAAAGACAAUUGAGAUUGAAAUGGGCUCGAUUCAUGCCUCGGGAUCAGCGGAUAUCACCAUUGCCAGCGUGCAAAGUAUCACUUCUAGAGAUCGACUGGAAAAGUUUGCGCCUUCAGAUUUCAAACUAGUUUUGGUGGAUGAAGCACAUCACAUCGUCGCGCCGGGAUACCUUCGAACUCUCAAGCACUUCGGGCUGGACCAAAAGCAGCGAGACUCACCCACUCUCAUCGGCGUCUCAGCUACGUUCUCAAGAUUCGACGGUGUCAAGCUAGGUGCCGCAAUUGACGAAAUUGUCUAUCACAAGGACUAUGUCGACAUGAUUACCGAUAAGUGGCUCUCAGAGGUCAUUUUCACAACCGUCGAGUCGUCUGCCAACUUAUCCAAAGUGAAGAACGGUGCGUUUGGCGAUUUCCAAACAGGAGAGCUAUCCAAAGUUGUCAACACGAACGAAGUCAACGACAUUGCUGUAAAGAGCUGGAUGGCCAAAGCCGGAGACCGGAAGAGCACGUUGGUCUUCUGCGUGGAUUUGGCACACGUCUCUGGGCUUACUCGAAAAUUUCGGGAAUAUGGGUACGACGCGCAAUUUGUAACUGGCGAUACACCCAAGGUAGAACGCGGUGAGAUCCUAGACGCAUUCAAAAAGGGAAAGUUUCCGGUUCUGGUUAACUGCGGUGUGUUCACCGAGGGUACGGACAUACCAAACAUCGAUUGUAUUGUUCUCGCAAGACCAACAAGAUCACGAAAUCUGCUAGUUCAAAUGAUUGGCAGAGGUAUGCGGCUUCACCCGGGCAAGAAAAACUGUCACAUCAUCGAUUUGGUGUCCAGCUUGGAGACCGGCAUUGUGACUACACCGACGCUAUUUGGGCUUGAUCCCAACGAAUUGGUCGAAAAGGCAUCUGUAACGGACAUGAGAAGAAUGAAGGAGGCGCAAAGCGCAGAAGAAGCACGAAAUCACGACGCAGACUCGAAUGGACCAACCCCGCCAAUCAAGUCAGCAGAAGCAGUAACAUUCACCGAUUACUCCUCUGUUCUGGACUUAAUCGCCGACACAUCUGGGGAACGACACAUUCGAGCCAUCAGCCAGAACGCCUGGGUACAAGUCGGACCAGAAAGAUUCGUUCUCUCAGCCCCUAGCGGGUCAUACAUCCGCAUCGAGCGAAUCCAAGGUCCUGUUACAGCCUCAUCACCAACAUACAAGGCCCUCGAGAUCCGUGCUCUACCGCCGGGGGUGGCGAAAUCCCCGUUCGCUGCACCUAGAGAGAUUCUCACAGCCGCUACGUUUAACGACGCCGUCCACGGAGCAGAUAGUUAUGCGGCGAACGCAUUUCCCCAUAGCUUUAUACACCGACAUCAGCCCUGGAGGAACUUGCCUCCUACGCAAGGGCAGUUAGAUUUUGUAAAUAGGUUGCGUGGAAAGGCGAAUGCGCUCAGUGUGUUGGAUUUGACAAAGGGCAAGGCGGCGGAUAUGAUUACAAAGUUGAAGCACGGUGCUCGUGGGCAAUUUGCGAAAAUAGAGGCCGAGCAGCGUCGUAGAGAAAAACAGAGUAAUGUUUUGGAGGCAAGACAGAACAGGGAGCGGGUGACGGUUGGGCCGGUGAUGGCAUAG